GCCGGGGGGACCUGAGUGGAUGAAGCCCGCGUCAGUCAGGGGCAAGGGCGAGGCCGGGCGACGGGGGAUGGCGGCCCCCGCCCGCCGUCGGAGCUCCAGUUGUGGAAGAGCGGCGGCACCAUGCGGGGGGAGGUGGUUGGCAUCCUCUGCCUGAUUUCUGUGGCGGCCUCGCUGGAUUUCAAGUACCACCACGCCGAGGAGCUGGAGGCGUACCUGAAGGGGAUCCAUGCCACCUACCCCUCCCUCACACACUUGCACAGCAUCGGGCGCUCGGUGGAAGGUAGAAACCUGUGGGUUCUUGUUCUGGGAAGGUUUCCAACCCAUCAUAAGAUUGGCAUUCCAGAGUUCAAGUAUGUUGCUAAUAUGCAUGGGGAUGAGACUGUUGGGAGAGAAAUGCUGCUCCAUUUGAUAGACUUCCUGGUGACCAGCUAUGGACGUGACCCAGUUAUUACCCGGUUACUCAAUAAUACCCGGAUUCAUAUCAUGCCAACAAUGAAUCCUGAUGGAUUUGAAGCUACAAAAGUGCCUGAUUGCUAUUACAGCCGAGGAAGGUACAAUAAGAACGGAGAAGAUCUGAACAGAAAUUUUCCUGAUGCCUUUGAAAAUAACAACGCUAGCAUUCAGCCAGAGACUCAAGCAGUAAUGAACUGGAUAAAAAAUGAAACGUUUGUCCUUUCAGCCAACUUGCAUGGGGGUGCCCUGGUUGCCAGUUACACCUUUGAUAAUGGUAACUCAGUCACCGGCUCUUUGAACGGCUAUAGCAGGUCUCCAGAUGAUGAUGUCUUCAUUCAUCUGGCAAAAACUUACUCUUUCAACCAUGCCAGCAUGUACAAAGGGACUGGGUGUGACAACAGACAGACCUUUCCAGAAGGCAUUACCAACGGGUAUUCUUGGUACCAGCUGGAAGGUGGCAUGCAAGAUUACAACUACGUCUGGGGACAAUGUUUUGAAAUUACACUGGAGCUGUCAUGCUGUAAAUAUCCUCCAGCAGACCAGCUGGAAGAGUUCUGGAACGACAACAAAGUUGCUCUGAUCGAAUAUAUAAAACAAGUACAUCUAGGUGUCAAGGGUCAAGUUACUGAUAAGAAUGGGAAUCCUAUUCCCGAUGCCAUCGUGGAAGCCCAAGGAAGGCCUCAUGUCUGCCCUUACCGAACAAACGAACAUGGGGAAUACUUUCUUCUCCUUUUGCCUGGGACGUACGUCAUCAAUGCCACCGUGCCAGGAUUUAAAUCAAUGCUGAAGACAGUGGAAAUAACCAACAAUACUGGUAACUUCAGUGCUUUGAAACAAGACUUCUCUUUCUUGGAAGUCUCUAUCAGAUCAAGAGCUGCUUCGUGUCCCAAAACUCCCCUCUACCAAGAGCUCGAACGGGCUUCAGCUGCAGUAAAACCAACUCUACAUCUCUUGGUUUUAAUGACCGUUGUGCUUGUGAUUUUCAAAUAAAGUCAGGAAUGAUGUGAGAUGGCAAGGCAAAAAUCUUCCUGCCCCACUGUGGCUUUUCAGGCAAGGAAUUGUACAUGCAAAAGAAUGUAUGUUUUUAUAAACCAAAUUCUCAAAUUUACAGUCCUGUUUAUUGUAUUUUGUAAAAUACCAGCAUGACAAUCAAAUGUUUUACUUUGAUUAUAAAUAGACUAUCGUAUUUUUCUACGUAAGUAUUUUGCUCUGAAGAAGUUCUGUACAGCCUGUGGAGGUAACGGUAGAGUUUUGAUGCAGAAAAUACAAAUACAUUUUGAAGAAUUUGCCCGCGUUCAUAAAAAGCUUAGGAUUGUACUGCAGGUGUUUCAUGUGAACUCAGGUUCUGCGUUUGAAGCAACAGGUCAUGUGCCACACAACUGUAAGCAAUUAGCCCAGUCCUAAUUUCUCCUAAUAAAGCCCCUGCUACAACUGAGGAAUGGCAUUUUUACAUCUGCUCUUUCUUACCUGGACUGAUGAGAGUGCUCAGGGCUGAAAUAAGGUAAAGAGUGGUAACAGUGAUGCGGCCUCAGACAAGAUGGAAAUGAGGUGCGAGUACGUGCCAGGGGGCCAUUGCUGGAAGCCUGAGGAGCAUCUGUACCAUCAGGUGAAAGCGGGGCUCAGAAAACGGUGCUCCCCAAGGACAGAGCUGUUGAAAACAAUGUGGAAACGGUCAUCGACAGCUUUAUACCGUCGCUGUUGUCUAUUUUUUGCUGAGUUUGGUAUGGAACAGAACCCCAUACAACUCAGAAUUUUUUAAUCUGGACAGUUUUAGCAACGGCUUUAGAUGAGGCGUGUUUCCCAGCCCUGUUGGGGCUGUGUCUGUCACAGGUGCCAGGAGCUGGCAGGUGCCCAGCAAGGUGCAAAUCCCGUGACAGGCCCGUUUCAGCAGUGGCUGCAGUGCCCGCGCUCCCCUGGCCGGGCCGUGCUGCGAUAAAGCAGAAUGAGCGCAUUCCUUUCGCCUGGUCAGUGGCAAGUCACUUUCAGGGCCCUUUGAAGCUGUCCAAAGCCCACAGAAGUUAUCAAGACCAGGCGGUUACUACCAUCCCCGGUGUUUAUUUUAGAGCUUUAUCUGCCAGUAAUUUUCUUAAGCAAUUUCUAAAGUAACCAGAAGAGCUUAUCUUUAGAAACAUCCAUCUUUUCCUGUGUACAGUAAAUAAGGAAUGCAGGAAUGCAGUUAAUCUUUUGAUGCCUUUUUAAACAUCCCCCACCUUCUGAAACUGUACCCUGUCACACCGUUGCCUGUCACACGAAGCCCCCCCCCCCCGCCCUGGCUGGGCUGGGGAGCCCUGACAUCAGCCGCUGCUCUGCCACUUGCCUCAGUUCUGUGCAGCGGAUGAGGUUGUAAAUGGGCUUCAGCCUUGGAAACAGCAACACCCAUUCAGAAGAGGGGCUGUGUAGCCGAGAUGCUGCUUUUUGAAUGUUUUCAUCACAGCCAUUUGGAUUUUCUACCUUUUCUCCCCCUCUGUGUAAACUGCCAUGGAUUAUUUACCUGUCAGAGGAGUAAAUAAUUACCCACUAAUCCCCCCACUGACACCUGGUUCCGAUUCCAUCACCGACAAGAAGACAAACCGGAGACCUCUUGAGUUUAAAAUCCCCCUGAAGCAUGAAAUCUGUGAGAAA